AUGGGUGAUAAUACCGGCUACGGUCAGCACGGCGACUACAUCUUCGGGUGGAAAGAAGGCGUGCUGCAAAAGGCUAUGGAGGCAGGUUGUUUUGGGGCGUCGUGUAGUGCGCUUAAGACGCAGGAUUUUGGGACGGCGAAUAAGUGUGCGGUUCCUGAUACGGUGAGGGAACCUGUUGAAGGCUGGCUUAAGACGUUGCCGGGGAUGAGUAUGUAG